AUGGCAAUGGAAGGGCAAAAAGAGCUUAGUUUGGAAGAGGAACUUGAAGCACCAGAAGCUAUACAUACAGGUAAGAAAGCCUUGUUAAUCCUGGGCUAAUGUCUCUUAUGUGUCUCUUGCACUAUGCAUCCAUAGUAACAGCAACAAAAACAUAUUGUACGGAUUAUGACCCAUUAUUAAGUAAGUAUUCAGGAAUAUUCAUUGCUUUGGGAAAUUGCAAGGGACACUGGUAUACAUCACUUUACAUGUGAAUGAGGUAAAUCCGAAGAAAGGAGGCCUAUCAUUCCAACUAUCGUGAAACAUCAAGCACCAAGGGCCCAUCAAUGAGGAACUUGACAGAGGAAGAGAAGGACUUUAUCAAUGGUAGAUUAGUGGGGACAUAAAGUUUAAUAUACAGUGGUACCUCGGGUUACAGACACUUCAGGUUACAGAUGCUUCAGGUUACAGACUCCGCUAACCCAGAAACAGUACCUCGGGUUAAGAACUUCGUUUCAGGAUGAGAACAGAAAUUGCGCGGCGGCAGCAGGAGGCCCCAUUAGCUAAAGUGGUACCUCAGGUUAAGAACAGUUUCAAGUUAAGAACGGACCUCCGGAACGAAUGAAGUUCUUAACCUCAGGUACCACUGUAUUCUGCAAGUGGAGGUCACCUUCCUAAGGAAUAUCUCCACAGCAGAAUGCCUUAAUUCUUUGCCUGCUAUGGCAGGUACAGUGGUACCUCGGUUUUCGAAUGUCUCCGUUGACGAACAUUUCGGUUUUCGAACGCCGUAAACACGGAAGUAAAUGCUUCGGUUUUUGAACACGCCUUGGAAGUCGAACAUGCCACGUGGCUUCUGCUGAGUGCAAGAUCCUGAGGCCUAGCUGUCUAUUGAGUUUUCAGUUUUCAAAUGUUUCAGAACUCGAACGGUCUUCUGGAACGGAUUACGUUCGAAAACUGUAGUUUGGUUUAUUCAAAGCACAUCUUUCACAGCACUUGGCCCAAGCCAAAAUUCUUCCCCUCCCUGCCCCUACAAUUGACUCAGGAUAGGAUGAUGUCUGAGCAAUCUCAACCUCCCUCUAUUGCCAAACAAAAGGUAUGCCCAGUCUUCUCCUUCUGCUCAAAUGUUUCACAGUCAAUGUGGAAGCUGAGAUGGAUCUGUCUCCUUUCAUUCCUGAGGAUGGAACUCGGCAUGUUCUUCCAUCUCCAUUCUUUCCUCACAGAUUUCCACCUGUGAAGAAGCUGAGAUACUUAGGGCUUUCAUGUUUCACAUACUGGGAUGGUGGGAAGGUGAGGAGGGAGACCAAUUCUCCCACGCAUAUAUUCAUCAGGCUUCACACUGAACCAUCAAACACAGCCAGACUCUGAUACCUAGCCCAUAGUAGAUUCUUUUUCUACUAAGGUUGCUACCACAUUAGAACUUUCCUGUAUAAUAGCCAUUGUUCUUUCGGAGUUUGCAGGCCCAGGAGCAGUGAUCCCGGGAUCAGCAGGGUUCAGGAGAAUGAAGAUAGCAAUAAUGACAGGAAAACCAUUUGGAAUUGAAACUGCCACAACUUUUUAUUGAUUACAGAUGCAGGUAGGCCUUGGGUACGUAUCCGGAAUCAGCCUUGCCUGGUUGCUGGCUGAUUGCUCCAUUAGCGUUGAUCCUGGUUUAAAGGAUUCCCCCAUGAUACAGAUCAAAUGGGAGCAAACUUACCAGGUUGCCAUUUGGAGGAAUUUUAUGGCCCAUUAGCCUAGAUCUUUCGACAAAACUUUCCUCCAGGAGCCCAUAGUACACUAAACCUUCGUUUCCAGUUUUGACUAACGAUCCAACCCAAUGCCUUUUCUGCCAGACGUUGUGACAAUUGCUAUGAGGUAGGCAAAAGCCACCAGAUAGGCCCAAUCUGUCUGCAGGCAAAUUCCUCCAUGGCCCUGAAUACAGCGACUGAAUAAUUCCACAGCAAUCUCAUGCAAACACUGUUCACUAUGCCUUGGAGAAUGCAACAAGUGUGCUGGGCAGGUGAGACAACCGUUGCUGACCGUGCAGCUGAAACAUAUGACCCGAGUAGAGACAGGCUCCCUCAGGUCUGUCUCCAACACCCCUUUAGAACGGCCCUUAUUGGGUGUUUUAAAUUAAAAACCAAGGCGGGAAGUCCCUGAAGUCUUAGCAACCAACUGAGACAGAAGACGCCACUGGCAGUGGUGUGGCAGAGCCUCCCUACGCCUCCUAGCUCCCAUUGUGCCAGGCCACAACUACCACUGCCGGAAAUACAAUAAGCAGUCUUUAUGGGACAUCCACAGAGCUUUGUCAUCAAUAGGUUGUCAUGAUAGCUUUUCCUUUCUGGCUUCUUUCAGACUACAGUGGUACCUCUGGUUGCAAAUGGGAUCCGUUCCGGAGGCCCGUUCGCAACAUGAAAAGCCUGCAAUCUGAAGCGCAGUAUCUGUGCAGAUGUGCGGUGCAAUUUGGAGCUUGUGUGCAUGCAUGAAGCACAAUUUAGCACUUAAGCACAUGUGCGAGCGGCAAAACCUGGAGUUAACCCUUUCUGGUACUUCCGGGUCGCCGCGGGACGCAACCUGAAAAAACAGACCAUGAAGCAAAUGUAACAUGAGGUAUGGCUGUACUGAAAAUCUUACUUGAAAAAAAAAAGAAUGUUAAAGUUCUACUUAUAUUAUGAUAGAUGGAUGGUUGUGCAUUUUUUCCACUCAACAAUUGUUCUCUUGUACCAUAUAUUUGAAGCAGUUGCAUUGUAUUAAAUGCAUUUUUGAAUGUUGUUUAUACUGGUUUUUGCUUUUCAGCGUGUGUGUGUGUGUGUGUACACACACACACACACACACACACACAUAUAUAUAUAUAUGUUGAGCAUUGUGCAUUUUGCAUUCUUGCCUUUAGUAAGCUCCAGCCCUUGACUCAUUGUUCUGAACGUCGAGACAGCUGGUAAACCCCUAAAAGAAAGAAUACGAAAUAACAACCACCUUUUCUUCUCCUAGGGCCUAAAGGAGUGAUCAAUGACUGGAGAAAGUUUAAAUUGGAAAGUAAAGACAGGAACGCCCUUCCUGUAAGCAAGAAAGAGAUUCUCAUCAGACAGAUGUCUUCACCCUAUCGCUCUCAAAGUAGGGACGAUAAAGACACCAGGGAGCGAUUCAGUCGCAAGGUAAGAGAGUAGAGUGGAGAUACACAAUUGAAGCGAUUCAAUGGGAUGGAGAAUCAGAAAAUGCCAUCAAUGCACUAAACAGCCAUGCCACUACCUGCAUUUCCAGCAUUCGUGAGAAGGGUGGGUGUGCUGUUAUACACACAUAAAGAUCCUCCACAGAAGAGAAAAUUCUGGUCCAGUCAGGAUUCCCCCUUGCAUUCUCUUUGGCGAUCACUCAUAGCUGAGUAAGAUUGCCUUCCAUGAACACGGUUUUAACAGUGGUUCUGUAAGCGACUGUGGAGGCCAAUUCUGGAUCCACACAUCCUUCCACAGUGGGGACAUUGGUUUCCGGGCGGAAGUUGAUCACAGUGUGGAUUUGCCAAGCGUGCCUUCCUCUUAGCACGUUUCUCCCUUUUGUCCUGAGUUUGAGCAUCUUCAAAGCCCAUGAGACCUUUGGGAAAGGCUGUUCUCCAAUUGGAGCGCUCGCAGGCCAGUGUUCCCCAGUUGUCGGUGUUGCUACUAUUUUUAAAAGAUUUGCCUUGAGAGAGUCUUAAACCUCUUUUGUUGACCACUAGCAUUAUGCUUUCCAUUUUUAAGUUCGGAAUAGAGUAGUUGCUUUGGAAGAUGAUAAUCAGGCAUCCGCACAACAUGACCAGUCUGGGAGGAGUGUCAGAGCCCCUCCCAAGAGCUACAAUUUCCAGAGUGGCUUAACAAUCCAUUCCUCUCCACAGAGAACUGUGAGAGUUGUAGCUCUAGGAGGAAAUAGGAGUCUUGUAAAGUCUUCUGACACAUCCUUUGUCGGGACGUGGGUGGCGCUGUGGGUUAAACCACAGAGCCUAGGGCUUGCCGAUCAGAAGGUCGGCGGUUCGAAUCCCCGCGACGGGGUGAGCUCCCGUUGCUCUGUCCCUGCUCCUGCCAACCUAGCAGUUCGAAAGCACAUCAAAGUGCAAGUAGAUAAAUAGGUACUGCUCCGGCGGGAAGGUAAACGGCGUUUCUGUGUGCUGCUCUGGUUUGCCAGAAGCGGCUUACUCAUGCUGGCCACAUGACCCAGAAGCUGUUCGCCGGCUCCCUUGGCCAAUAAAGCGAGAUGAGCGCCGCAGCCCCAGAGUCGGCCACGACUGGACCUGAUGGUCAGGCGUCCCUUUACCUUUACCUUUAAAGUCUCUCAGCAUCCUCAGCUCCCAGAAUUCUUUGGGGGAAGCUAUGACUGCUUAAAGUGGUGUCAUAGUGCUUUAAAUCGUGUGUAUGUAGUCUUACCAUGCUGAAGUAUUCACAAAAAUAAGCCAUGCUGGAAAAACAAGCUGGUUCAUAUGUUCAAUCCACUCUAUUUUAUUGUUGUGGGCAAAGGCCAUGACAAAUACGUACUGCAACAGAUCGAUACAGCAAUGCAAGAGUUUAAAAUUCUGAACCCUACAUCAUGUCAGGAAUACCUAAGAAGCCAAUCUCCACAGCAAUUUACAGCAAUUUAAUCUAGUUCUCUCUUUCUGAUUUUGCUAGUAGAGCAAAAAAAAGAAAAAAAAAAGCUUUGUGUGUUACAUCGGCAUUAAUGUCACUCAAGAGAAAACAAAUUGCUUCCUCGAGGGUAUUCAUACUGCCAUAACUCAACAAGAGUUGCAAAAAUAUCUAUCCACAGUUGCAAACAUGGCUUUGGCAAUUUAUCCAUCUGAGCCCCCUAAGGGUUCUGUAUUUAUUUGCCUGCCCAACUUCCUUUAUUGAUGUGCUUAUUUACAGCAAAAUCAUAACCAUGCCUACUUAGAUGUAAAUCCUAUUGAAUUCACUGGUAAAUGGGGUUAGGGCUGUUGCGUUAGUAUUCAACAGUAUUCUUGGUUAUGAGAACAGGAUGCAAUAGAAGUCCCCCACCCCACCCCUUGAAAGCCGCUAUUUGCAUCAGGAGGAAAGUUUCAUCCACACCAAGAGGAUGAUCAUAGAUACAACUUAAAGAAAGUAUCAUUGAAAGUUCAAGAAAUGGCACCCAAGUGCUCCUCUCCUAUUCUUAAAGUUUUCUCCUCUUGUUCUAUGAGGUUCCAUGGAGCGAUGUUCGUUGAGUAAGCUGUGGUCUAAACCACUGAACCUCUUGGGCUUACUGAUCAGAAGGUCGGCAAUUUGAAUCCCUGCAACAGGGUGAGCUCCCGUUGCUCUGUCCCAGCUCCUGCCAACCUAGCAGUUUGAAAGCACACCAGUGCAAGUAGAUAAAUAGGUACCGCUGCGGUGGAAAGAUAAACAGCGUUUCCGUGCUCUCUGGUUUCUGGUUUAGUCAUGCUGGCCACAUGACCCAGAAAGCUGUCUGCGGACAAAUGCUGGCUCCCUCAUCCUGAAAGCAAGAUGAGCGCCACAACCCCAUAGUCACCUUUGACUGGACUUAACCAUCCAGGGGUCCUUUAGCUUUUUUUUACCUUUUACCUAUUCCAUAAUAAUUCUGCUUACUCUUCCAAAUGUUUCCAGAUGAGCGUGCAAGAGUACGAGCUAAUUAACGAAGACAUGGAAGACGAAAGCUGCUUACGGAAGUAUCGCAAGCGUUGUAUGCAGGACAUGCACCAGCGACUGAGCUUUGGGCCAAAAUACGGCUACCUUUCGGAGCUGCAAAAUGGGGAACAGUUCCUGGAAGCUGUUGAGAAGGAGCGAAAAACCACCACAGUCAUUGUCCACAUCUAUGAAGAUGGCAUCAAGGGCUGUGAGGCACUCAACAGCAGCCUCUCGUGCCUUGCUGCCGAGUACUCCACAGUGAAAUUCUGCAAGAUCAAGGCUUCCAACACAGGGGCCGGAGACCGUUUCUCCACCGACGUACUCCCAACGCUUCUCGUGUACAAAGGUGGGGAGCUUGUCAGCAAUUUCAUUAGUGUAACCGAACAGUUCAGUGAGGAGUUUUUUGCUGUGGAUGUGGAGGCGUUCUUAAAUGAGUACGGGUUACUACCGGAGAAGGAGAUUCCAGCGCUUGGGAAUGGCAACCUGGACGAGCAAGAAGUCGAAUAG